AUGAGUAGCCCCACCACACCAGACCGACGUCAUUCGGAUUUUUACAUGGAAGAUGAAUAUAUUGGAAGUCCAAAACCAGAACCAUUUAUAUCUACAUCCGCAGUUAUGUCCCUUGGCGACUCUCCCUCGCCAACUGAUACAGCACCGUUACAUCGAGAAGUGGCUGUCGAGAUACAUCAUAAUGGUCGAGGACGAAAUGGAAGUGGCGGCAGUGUUGGCAGCUGCCGCAGUGGUCGAAGUGUUGGAAGUGAUGGUAGUGGAGGGCGUAUCGGAAGCAGUGGCAGUGGGGGUCGACAAAGAAGUAGUGGUAGUGGGGGUCGUCUCGGAAGUAGUGGUAGCGGGGGCCGUCUCGGAAGUAGUGGUAGUGGUGGACGUCUCGGAAGCUUUGGCAGUGGUGGCAGCAUCAACAGUGGUGGAGGUGUGUGUCAGAGUAACAAUGAGAGUAGGCGUCAUUCACUUGGUUUUGGUGGAUCGGUUGCUCCUAAAGCCGAAAGGCGAGUGCGCUCCCAUUCACACAGCCUUGACACUAAUCGAAUAUUUGAGAGAGUGAAUGAACGAAAAGUGAAAAGUUUUGAGGAUAUUGUUGAUUACGAUGUGUUAAAAAUAACAGAAUUCAAAGGACCAUUCUACAACACAGACUUCGACGUGAUAUCGGAACUUAAUUCACCGGACACGUGCAAAGUCCGGUACAAUGAUACGGGCAGUAUCGAGAUACUAAACGAGGACCAGCUGGACGAGAUGGAUAUGUAUGGAGAGCUAGACACGAUACGAGUAGAUAGUGAUGAUACGGACACAUUAAACGGCACGCAGAAGUAUCGCGAGCUGUGGAAUCUGCGAACAACGUUCGAGGAGGAGGAAGAAUGUAGUGAUACCAUUCGUAUGGAGGACAUGAUGUCGCCGGAUCAGUCUCCAGACGGAGAAGUGCCUAACUCAUACACCACAUCGUUUGAAUCGAAUACCGAGUCGGUGCCAUACGCAGAAUGUGUUGAGAAACGUUGUAGUCCCCAUAGUGGUGACUGCCCGCAGAACUCGGGCUGUCACCAGUUACAUCCCUCUCAUUACGAAAACAGGAGACAAAACUAUAAGAAUAUUUUAGCUAAGAGACUGCAGCGAAAACCCCCGAAUGCGAGUGCCGACAAUAGUUUUGAUAGCAUAGAGACUGUGGACACCGACGGUGAUGUAUCUGACACUAGCAGACCCGAGGUGACGACCACGUCAUUCGAGUCUACAACAGAUAACACAGACAGUACAACAGAGAGUCAAAACCACAAACUGAUUCAGAUGAAGGCGGAUAGUGGGUAUAAGUCCUUAGAGACACAGUCUCCAUAUGUCAAACGGACUCACAGUACUAGUGAGAUUGAAGUGCUGGAGGAAGUCGGCAGUCCUGAGCCAUGUGCACGUAUCUAUACACAUUCCUAUUCUCUUCCGGAAGCGGGAACGUCUAAAGAGGCGUACGGCCGACGGUCCAAAUACUUUGAAAGGAGAAACGGAAAGACCGCAUCAAAAAAGCGAAGGGAGUACAGUCGGGAAAGGCAGAUUGUACAAAUUUAUGAAAGCAUCAAUGAACCAGAGACAGAUUCGAGAUCGGACCAACCUUCUGGUGACAGUUUUGAGGAAACACAUACACCAAGUAAGUCGUCUUUGUUCUCACGCUUCUUUAAAUCACACCGGGAGCCAAAGGAACGUAUCAUGAUGCGAGACUUAAGUGUCGACCAGAAAACGUACAAAGUUUUCCAGGAGUUUGUUCGGUACGACCCUUCACUUGAAACAACUCGGUCGAGUCGACACCGAUCCCCGCGGUUCACGCGUCACAGGUUGCAGAGGAAACAUACAGAUCCAAUAUACUUUGAAGAACGACGACGUAAUCGGUUAACCCCUGAACUUAGAAGCACGAGUCUGGGAAGUGAUAGCAGUGCGAGCUCAGCGCGUCGUCUGUCGCCACAGGACAGCAUAGAGGAAGAGGACUAUGAUAAAGUGCGCGAGGCGGAGGAAGAGGAGGGUUGGUCACCGGAACAGGCUUCCAGGGAAGCCGUGGGCAGACAAUCACUAACAGUCUCAGUUCAUGACAUUCCAGUUAUCCACCUACCGGAGGAGGAGGCGUGUACCGCUGCUGAUGUUUAG